CGGAAGCGGGAGCCGGGGGGGGCGUGUUUUGUAGAGAACGUGUCAUCCGCCCGUGUUCCAAGUGUUGUUUGUUUCUCGGAGAUGUUCCCGAGGGUCUCGGCGGUACUUCCUUUUCGCCCCCUUUCCCGGCUACCUCUGUGCUCCGCAGGCCCGGAGGCAGCGGCGGCCACCCUUGUGCCCCUCGCUUCUCCGCACGGAACUGUCAGGACAAAAAGUAAUAUCCAAAGAUAUUUUGGCACUAACAGCGUGAUCUACAGCAAGAAAGGUGAUAAGUCUGUUCCAAACUGUGAAAUUUCCAAGGAAACGGAGAACCAAAAGAGUAUAAAGGAGAAUAAGAAAAAAGACUUGGUAAAUAUUAUUAAGGGCAUGAAAGUUGAAUUAAGCACAGUAAAUGUACAAACAACAAAGCCACCCAACAGAGGACAACUUAAAAGUUUGGAAGCUGCAAUUGGCAGACUUCAAAAAUCUCCAAAAGAUGCCCCCCAAAAGAGCAAGUCCCUGAGCCCGGAGUUGGUGGCGGCUGCGGCUGCAGUUGCUGAGUCUCUCCCUUUUGACAAGCAGACGACCAAGUCGGAGCUGCUUAGGCAGCUCCGGCAGCACGAGGAAGACUGGAAGGCUCAGAAGGAUGGAGCGAAACCCAAAAUUAGUUUCAGUAACAUCAUAUCAGAUAUGAAAGUUGCCAGAUCCUCCACAGCGAGAGCUAGCACACGACCAGUGCACCAGAUUCAGUUUGACGAAGGGGCUGAUGAUUUUGUUGACCAAGAGAAGACGGCUGAUCUGAGAAAAAGUUUUAGGAAAAAUAUAUACAAGGGGAAGAGACUUAAUAUUUUUGAGCUUAAGGCAGUUACUGAAGAGGCACCUGAAACAGAGGCAGCACCUUCUCUUUGGGAUGUAGAAUUUGCUAAGCAGUUAGCAGCAGUCACUGAACAGCCCUUUGAGAAUGGUUUUGAAGAGAUGAUCCAGUGGACAAAAGAGGGGAAAUUGUGGGAGUUCCCAAUUAACAAUGAAGCAGCCGGGCUGCAGUGAAGAGGUACUUGUCAUUGCCUGUUGUGGAUAUGCAUCUAAAUUUGCACUCGGGGCAUCAGAAGAGGCCAUAGUGGAGCCCUUAAGAAAUGCUGCGUCACAGAUGUUCUUAAUGGAAUGUUGGAAGGCAUGGCCACUGACAACUCAGAGUUGAAAAACCAGUUCAGAAGAGUUGGAUUCUGAAUGUGAAGAAGUCUUAUGUGUGCGUUGCUCAGCCACGUCCAACUCUUUGCAGCCUGUUAAGACUGUAGCCCACUGGCUUCCUCUGUCCAUGGGAUUCUCCAGGCGGGAAUACUGGAGUGGGUUGCCAUUCCCUUCUCCAGGGGAUCUUCCUACGGAUUCUUUACUGUCUGAGCCACUAGGGGAGCCCAAAGAAGUCUUAGGAAUACCUUAACCAAUUCUGUUUUUGCUACAUGACAAACCACCCCAAACUUAGUAAAACAACAGCUAAGUCAUAACUGCUCAUGAGCUUGUGGGUUUUCUGGUUGGUUUGGGCAGGUGCUUGGGGCUGGAUCGUUCUAGAUUGGUUUCUCUCACAUGUCUAGCUGGUGUUGGCUGUUGCCAGGGGAGGCGAUAAGGGGGUUAUAUGUCACUCAGCAUUCAUGGGUUAGGCUGGGCUUGUUCACCUAGCUGUAGAAGAGUUCCUAAAACAAUAGUAAAGGCUUUUCAGGCCUUUGCAUUGUGUUUGGUAAUGUCCCAUUGACCAAAGCAGGUCACCUGGCCAACCUCGAAUUUAAGGGUUGGAGCAACAGGCUGUAGCUACCUCUUUAUGGAAAGAAGGGCAAAGGCACAUUGCAAAGGUUUAUAUAUACAAGCAUAGUAAUAGUGUGUGGCCAUUUAGCAAUCUAAGGCCUUGAUUUGUUUAUUGUGUGUUUUAGUUUUUAUAAAAGUGAUGACUAGAUCUUUAAAUGUCCAAAUAAAAUUUUAAAAAUCUCUUUCAAUAAGUAGAAGAUAAUUCUAACUGAUGAGAGAGCAUUUUUAAACUGUUUUUGAGAUAAUUAUGGGUUCGUGUGCAGUUGUAAGAAAUGAUAAAUAUUCCAUAUACUCUGUACCCAUUUUCCCCUAGUAUUUACCUCAUGUCUAAGCACAGGACAGCAUCACAGCCAGGCAGUCAGCAUCGAUCGUGUUGCAGCCAUGUUCAGAUGUCACCAGUUUCACAUGUACUCCAUUGGCGAGUGUGUUUUUGUGUUCUGUGUAGUUUUAUCAUAUAUGUAGGUUGAUGUGACCGUCACCACAGUCAGGAUGCAGAACAGUUCUGUCACCUCCAGGAUCUCUCUUACACCCUUUCUUAGCCAUGUUUCACCCACCUCCCACUGCCUCCCCUUCUUAGUCUCUGAUCCCUGGCAAUCCCCAGAUCCAUUUUCGAUUUCUCUAAUUUUGCAAUAAAGACAUACAAAUGGAAUCACAUAGUGUGUAACCUUUUUUCUGAGCGUCCCCGCCCCCACCACCACUCAGGAUAAUUAAUUCUCUGGAGAUUUAUCCAAGUUGUUACAUGUGUCAGUAAGGGAUUUUUUUGCAAUUGUUUUUAUUGCUGAGUAAUAUUCCAUGGUUCAAAUGUACCUGAUUGUUUAACCAUUCACCUGAUAAGAGACAUCUGGGUUGUUUCCAGUUUUUGGCUGUUAACAAUAAAGGUGCUAUAAAUAUUCAUGUACAGGUUUUUGUAUGAAUACAAAUUUCCAUUUUCCUGGGGUAAAUACCUGGGGGUGCAAUUGCUGGGUUGUAUGAUAGUUACAUAUUACUUUCUAAGGAACCUUUCAAGUUGUUUACAGAGUGGCUAUGCCAUGUUAGAUAUAUAGUUUAGACCAUUAUCCGUUCUUUGUUAAUUUGAAGUAUGAAGUUUUGAUUCUUUUUCUUUCUGGUCAGUGAUACCCAGUUCUCCUGGCACCAUUCAUCGAAAAGACUGUCCUUUCUCCAUUGAAUCAUCUAUGCAUCUUUGUAGAAAGUUGGCAUAUUCGUGUGGAUCCAUGUUAGUCUGUUAGGGCUUCCAUAACAAAAUAUCACAGACUGGGUACCUUAAAACAACAGAAUUGACUUUCUCAUAGUUUGCAGGCUGGAAGUCCAAGACCCAGGUGUUGGCGGUGUUAGUUUCUCCAGAGGUCUCUCUCUUCUUGGCUUGCACAUGGCCACCUUUUCAUUCAAUUGUGUUUUUUACCAUGAAUUAUUUAAUUUCCAACUGUUUGAAGAUUUUCCUGCUGUUUUCCUGUUACUGAUUUCUGUGUUGAUUCCUUUAUUAUCAGAGCACAUACUGUGUAUUAUUUCAGUUAUUUUAAAUGUGUUGAAGUUUGUUUUGCGACCCAGGGUAUGGUUAAACUAGGUAAGCGUUCCAUGGUUGCUUGAAAAGAAUUUGUGUUCUGCAGUAGUUUGGUGUGUUCUGUAGAUGUCAAUGUAAUCCUGUUGGUUAAUAUUUGGUUCUUCUAUGUCUUUGCUAGUUUUCUACUUGGCUGUUCUAUCAGUUGCUGACAGUGGGAUAGUAAAACUAUAAUUGUGGAUUUUUCUAUUCCUAUGUUUCUAUCAGUUUUUCUUUCAUGUAUUUAGAAACUUUUGUUUGGUGAAUGCAUAAUUCAGAUUGCUAUCUGCUUAGUGGGUUAAUCCCUUUAUUAUGUAAUAUUCCUCUUUCUAGUAUUUGCUCUGGAGUCUACUUUAUCUGAUGUUCAUGUAGCCACUCAUGCAUUCCUUUUUAAAAAUUAAUGUUAGCAAGAUAUGUCCUCCUCCAUAAUUUCAACACCUAUGUUAUAGGUGUUUGAAGUGAGUUUCUUGUAUACAGCAUAUAGUUGGAUCAUGUUUUUCUUUUGAUUGGUAUAGGCCAUUUACAUUUAAGUAAUUAUUGAUUUAUUAGGAUUUAAGUCUCAUUUUGUUAUUUUUUUCUGUUCAUUUUUCUGUUUCUCACUCCUCUUGUCUUCUUGGCUUCCUGUGAGUUGCCUGAAUAUAUCUUAAGAUUCCAUUUUAUUUUAUGUAUUUUUUAGUGUAGUUUGUAUAGUUUUCUUAGUGGUUUCUUUAGAUAUUAAAAUAUCCAUUAGUAAUAAUUACUGCUCCAUUUUGAAUAUUUGUAGUAUGCUAAGCACUGUAAAAGAGUUUCACAAGCUUUCUCUCUAUUUAAUCUUUAAUCUUUACAAAAACCCCGUGAAGAAGGUGCUGUUCUAAUACUCAUUUUGUGCCCGAGGAAACUGAUGUUCAGAGAAGUUAAUUUGCCCAGUCACAUGGUGGUUAAAUUGGUGAGCAAACAUCUGUCUGACUCUAAAGUUCAUGCCUUUAACUGUAAUACUGCCUCAUUAAUGUUAGUUUUAUAGUGUAGUGAGUUUUUUUGGAUUAAUUAAUUUAUUUUAAUUGGAGGCUAAUUACUUUACAAUAUUGUGGUUUUUGCCGAACAUUGACAUGAAUCAGCCACGGGUGUACAUGUGUCCCCCUGUCCCGAACCCCUCCCCCCAAUCCCAUCCCUCUGGGUUAUCCCAGUGCACUGGCUUUGAGUGCCCUGUUUCAUGCGUCGAACUUGGACUGGUCAUCUAUUUCACAUAUGGUAAUAUACAUGUUUCAAUGCUAUUCUCUCAAAUCAUCCCACCCUCCCCUUCUCUCGCAGAGUCCAUAAGUCUAUUCUUUAUAUCUGUGUCUCUUUUGCUGUCUCGGAUAUAGGGUCGUCAUUGCCAUCUUUCUAAAUUCCAUAUGUAUGUGUUAAUAUACUGUAUUGGUGUAGGUUUACAUGCAAAAUUGUAAUGUAUUUUGUCUCAU